GUGAAAUAAUUACAUUUGUCUCAUUUUCCUCAUCUGCAAAUGGGGAUAAUAUUGGUUGUUAGGAACAUUCCAGAGGUACUGCGAAUUCAGCCUUAGCGCUCCUCAGGAGAGCUGGUGAAAUCGCAGGUCGGCACUACCUAGAGUUCUGGAUUGUUUAGAAUAUUUGUCUAGGGUGUGUUGGGGACGAGGAGGUUGUGUUUGCUGAGAGGAGGUUGAAAAGGUAGGUCUGCGGCGGCCCAGGUCGGAAUUGGGUUAUUAAUUGAGGAUAACUGGAUAGGAGGAAAUCCAAUCCGAAACUCAGUGGAUGGGGUGGGAUUGAGAAACCGCAGACCUCGCCUUCUUCGCUCCGCGCUCUGCCCAAGGUGCCGCCCCGCCACUCCACUCCGCCCCACCCUCUUUCGGUCCUGGCCCCGCCCCGCCUCGCGCUGCGGCUGCGCGCUCUGCCCCGGUUUUCAGGCCCUGGGUCCUGCGCCCGCCGUUCCUUCCACCCUGUGGAUUUCCUCCCGCUCCGUCAUGUGGAACCGUCGGCAGGGCCGCCUCAGGCCCGCGGGCUGCGGGGUGGAGGAGCUACGGCGUCGCCGCCGGGAGCGGGAGGCAGCACUGCGGAAGGCGCGGAGGGAGCAGCAGCUGGUCAGCAAGAGGCUGCUGAGGGAAGACGCCCUGGAGGAAACCGGCGGGGGAGGUGUGGCCACAAUCCUUGGGGAGGCUGAGAUCCAGCAGUUCCUGCAGCUAGCCCAGCGGGGGACAGAGGAAAAGGAGAGAGAGAAGGCUCUGGUCAGCCUUCGUCGAGGCUUGCAGCACCCUGAGACUCAGCAGACCUUCAUCCGGCUGGAAGGCAGCAUGCGGACCCUGGUUGGACUCCUGACCAGUAACCAAGCCCUGCUGCAACUUGAGGCAGCUCGGUGCUUGCAUGAGCUCUCUCAUUCUGAGCAACCUGCGGUGGCUGAGGCCUGCCUGCCAGCCACUUCCUACCUACUCACCUACCUCUCCGGACACAGCUCAGACUUCAUAGAGCUGUGUUUGUAUACACUGGGUAACCUGAUCGUGGAGAGCGAGGCUGUGAGAAGGCAGCUCCUGCCACAGGGCAUUAUCCCAGCCUUGGCUGCCUGUAUCCAGUCCCCCCAUAUGGCUGUGCUGGAAGCCCUUGGAUAUGCCCUUUCCCAGCUUCUGCAGGCUAGAGAAGCGCCAGAGAAGAUCAUUCCCUCUGUCUUGGGCUCCACUCUCCCCCAGCACAUGCUGCAACUUUUGCAACCUGGCCCAAAGUUGAGCCCUGGGGUUGCUGUGGAGUUUGCCUGGUGCCUUCACUACAUCAUCUGCAGCCAGGUCAACAAUGUCCUGCUCAUCACCCAUGGGGCCUUGUCCACUCUGGAGCUGCUGCUUUUGGACUUGGCUGGGGCUGUCCAGAGAACUGAGGAUGCAGGACUAGAGUUGCUGGCAUGCCCUGUGCUUCGGGGUCUCAGCAACCUGCUAACAGAGGCAGCGGCAGAAGAUGUGGGAGGGCAAAUGCAGUUUGGAGAUGAGCGUGUUGUGGCAGCUUUAUUUAUCCUAUUACAGUUCUUCCUCCGUAAACAGUCCAGCCUGCUUCCUGAAGGCCUCUGGCUUCUUAACAACCUCACUGCAAACAGUCCUAGUUUCUGUACUUCCUUGCUCUCCCUGGAUCUGAUUGAGCCUCUCUUACAGCUGUUGCCAGUAUCUAAUGUCGUGGGUGUAUUGGUGCUCACAGUUCUGUGCAACGUUGCAGAGAAGGGUCCUGCUUAUUGUCAGCAGCUCUGGCCGGGGCCCCUGCUCCACUCCUUGCUGGACAUACUGGCCUUCUCUGAUAUUGAAGUAGUGGACCAGAGUUUGGAGCUGCUGCAGCUGCUGUUCCUGUAUCGGCCAGAGGUGUGUUUUCUGCCCAGGCUGCCCAGGCCUUCCUGCAGCAAUCAGGGCUACAGGCCCUGGAGAAGCGUGAGGCAGCCCAGCUCCAGGAUCGUGUGCGUGCUCUCCAGGAGAUAGUUCUUCAUGAGUGACUGGGUUUCUCGAUGUCACUUAACACCACCCACCCCAGCUUCCUUGCCCCAUUUCCUCUUAGGAGCCAGUGGAGCCCCUUUUGCGGGUUCAGAACCAUACGUUUCAUGCUCUCUGCUCCCAUCCUAAGCCUAAACCAAGACCUUUGGAUCCCAGCUCUUGCUUUUUCACCCAGCACUUUCCAGGCAGGAGGACUAGAGGGAACUCAGUGUGGCCUACUUUUUCUGAGGUCCUGGAAUCUCCUUUUCUUGCUUCAGCAGCUGUUGGCUUUGGAAGAAUAAAGUUUUUUUUUUUUUUAUUAAACUG